ACAUUCUCUCCAUCAUUCGCAGCGUAACUUAGAAAAAUAUUUGCGUCAAGACGCCUCCUUCGAGCAGAUUCUUGGUACCAAUCGCAAAUGGACAUGGACAAGACACCGAUCCCAGGAGGAGGAGGAGGAGGCUGCGCCGGCAACGUUCCGGCGAUGCAAUCCUCGUGCGACGCGGUGGCGGCUUCGCCGGCUCCUCACACGGAGUGCGACAUCAGCCGCAUGCCGGACUCCCCCAUGCGCAAGCCCGGCCACCGGCGCGCGCUCUCGGACAUCAUCGGCCUCCCCGAAGACCUGGACCUCGGCGCCCCCGGCGCCGGCGACGGGCUCGCGCUGUCGGACGAGAACGAGGAGGAGCUCUUCUCCAUGUUCCUCGACGUCGAGAAGCUGAAUUCGCGGUGCGGGGCAUCGGAGUCGGAGUCAUCGUGCGCCAUGGCGGCGGUUGGGGGAGAGGCGACGCAGACGUCUUCCGCGCCUGGGGCAGGGCUCAGGCCGAAGCAUCAUCAGAGGCAUUCGAUGGACGCCUCGAGCUCCAUCGACACGGAGAAUCUGUUUGGGACAUCGGCGAUGGAGGGCGUGUCGCCGGCAGAGGCGAAGAAGGCAAUGUCCGCCGCAAAGCUCGCCGAACUCGCGCUCAUCGACCCCAAGAAGGCAAAAAGGAUUAUAAAUAAUAGACAGUCAGCAGCAAGAUCAAAAGAAAGAAAGAUGCGUUAUAUUUCUGAACUUGAGCGGAAGGUGCAAUUCAUGCAGAGAGAAGCCACAGCACUGGCAACUCAACUGGCAUUGUUACAGAGAGACACAGCUGGGCUCACAGCUGAGAACAGUGAACUGAAGAUCCGUCUGCAGAACACAGAGCAACAAGUCCACUUACAAGAUGCUCUCAAUGAGGCCCUGAAAUCAGAGCUCCAGCGGCUGAAGAUGGCGACAGGCCAGAUGGGCACCAGCGGCGGAGGGGCGAUGAACCUCGGCACAUCACCGCACCCAUUUGCCUUGAGCCAGCAGGUGUUUCACCCUAACCAAGCAAUGCCGCCCUCCUUGGCGAUGCAGCAACAGCAUCCCAACCAGCCAUUGCACCCUCUGCAAACCCAGCAGCUGCAGCAGGCUGCGCUCAACCUGAACAUGAAAGGGCCAGCGCCUGCUCCCAACCAGUGGCAGUGGGGUGACGCAUGGUCGGAGAGCAGCAGCAGCUGAUUCGUCAGUGAUGGAGAUGGAGGGUGGUGUGAUCUUCGAAAUUGUGGCUAUAUGUCAGGACGGGAUGAUUUGGUUUUGGGUGUUACCCAAGUAUAGAUAUGUGAUGAAUGGUGGUGGUAUAUGUUCCGGUAAAGAAAAAAGUGAUAUAGUUUAAGGAGGUUGUACGCUCAGAUAUCAAG